AUGAAGCGACCCAAAGUGAAAGAACUGCGCCAAGCGGUCGCCACCACCCGGCGGUACACCUACCCGCACCGGCCCCGUACAGACUACCACGCGAUCGCACGUCGAGCCGCUCUCUUGUUCGUCGUGAUCCUCAUCAUCGCCGCACUCCUGACGGCCUUGUACGACAUAGGAGUCCAAGUACCGAGGAGUACUCAUUCGAGCAAGAUCAGUGAUCUCGUUCUCGUCUUGGGCGCGUAUGUCGCUGUGGUCAGUCGACGCGCACGUGACAUGCUCGACUUUGGUGUCGAGCGCAGCUGACGGUCGUUCGGGCUGGGCUGGUGUGGUAGAUCUUGAUUGGCAUCUCGAUCAUGAUCUCGAGGAGGUUCGCCCUUUCCAAAGAAUACACCUCCAUUCCCAAAGGCUACAUCCCUAUCCAGUCCACCGACGUGCCCCAGGUUCGUUUCCUCGCCCUUCUUUCCCCCCUUCCUUCGUCUCUCGAACGCUGACAACCUUCUGCUCGGCGUUGCUCAUCCAGCCUGCUUUCGAUCUCAUCUCGAACGAAUACGAUCGCGCGGCCGUCAUCACUCAUAUCUCGCAACCUCGCCAUCGCACUCAGCAAGGAUGGGGCAGACCAGGUCAGUCCCUGGAGGACAUAUUCGAAGAUCACUGGGAUUGCAUGACUGAUUGGGAUGUCACUCUACUCUGAAAGGUACACCACACGAGAACGUCCAUUUCCGUACCUCUAUCCUCGCUACUAUUCCCGCCCUAGGUGAGCACCCCCUGCACCAUAAAAACGAAUAAAAAUUCUCCCACCUUACCGCCCUCUUCUAUUCUUUCCAACGUCCCUAUCCAGAAUCAACUCUCUCCUCAGGGCCCCUCUCAUCCUACCACUCAACCCACUCCCGGUCAUCCCCCCUCUCCCCCUUAACCCCUCUCCUCAAAGCCGGUGUAUUGCCCCCUCCGAUCGUCGCCGUAGCUCAAGCGUACGAACAGAUCCUCCAACGAGCACGGUAUGGCGUCGAUGAACCGACGGAGAAGGACUAUGAUGAUAUGGUCAGGUAUGUGGCGGUGUUGAUGGGGAUGUUGGAGAGGAUUGGGGCGGUGAGGAAGUAG